AUGAUCAGCGUCUGCGAGAGCCAAAAGUCUGCAGCUAACGGCAGUACCACUAAUGGCGAAAAUAUGCACAUGAAGAAGGUGUUGGACGUUGAAAACAACUUGGAUGCACAAACUAAAGAUCUCAUAACUCUGGCUCGAUCCUGGGGAAGCCAGCAUCUGGAGCCCUUGAUCCCAUCAUACUGGGAUAAGGCAGAAUUCCCUCCCAAUAUUCUUUCUUCUUUUCGUGAUCAUUGCCCGAGUCUUCUCGGUUACACGCUACCAAAGCAGUAUGGGGGACAAGGGUAUGGUUUGAUGGCUGCCUCGCAUAUUUCAAGGGCGCUAGCAAGCAUCGACGCUAGUUUCACCACCACGCUGUUGGUACAAUAUGGACUUUGUGCCGAAUCGAUUCUCCUUUGUGGUAACGAAGAUCAGAAACGUCGGUUGAUCCCAUCGCUUGCGAGGCUUGAAAAUAUGGGCUGCUUUUGUUUGACGGAGCCGCGUUCUGGAUCGGAUGCAUCAGAUUUGACGACGACGGCAACCAAGGUAGACGGUGGAUAUAGUAUUACUGGUUCCAAGCGAUGGAUUGGCAAUGCGCUGACUGCUGAAGUAUUUGUAGUCUGGGCCAAAAACACGAGCGUGGAAGGACACCCCGUGAUGGGAUUUGUCGUACAAAGAAGUCACCAAAAGAAUAAAGGUGCGAUCCAAACGCGAAAGAUUGAAGGGAAGGUCAGUAUGCGUAUUCUACAGAACGCCGAUGUCGACUUUUACGAAGCAUGGUGCCCGGACACUAAUGUGAUGGGAGGUCAUGUUGGAUUUGCACAAUCUGUGGGACGAGUAUUGGAAGCAUCCCGUAUCUCGGUUGCAUGGAUCCCCGUUGGAAUUUGUCAGGGUGCAUUAGAGAAAACAAUCCAGUACAUCACCAAGAGACAGGCCUUUGGAGCGGUGAUAUCAAGCAAUCAAAUCAUACAAGAAAAAUUGGUUCGAAUGACUGCCCACGUAUGCUCAAUGUAUCUUCUUGCUGAGCGCAUGACUCAAGAUUUUAUUGCUGGAAAGUGUUCAUUACCUGCAAUUUCCAUGGUGAAGGCUUAUACUACAAAGCUGGGAAGGGAAGUUGUGGCACUCUGCCGAGAAAUCGUAGGAGGAAACGGAAUUGUUCUUGAUUUCGGUAUUGCAAGCAAAUGGGCUGAUAUCGAAGCUACGUAUACGUAUGAAGGAACAUAUGAGAUAUGCAGUCUUGUUGCUGGUAGGGCUCUCACAGGCGUCUCGGCAAUUAAGAGUGCCUCUGCAAUCAAAAACAGUAUCAAGCGGCGGCAACAGAGCAAGCUCUAA